GCCGCGCCGUGCCGAGCCGCGCAGAGCCAGCAGCCAGGCAGCCGCCGCGGGACGCGCCGUGCGCUCCUGAGCUGGGCCGUGCCGGCCGAGCCGCAGCGAGCCCCACCGCGCCACGCCGCACCGCGCCUGCCCGGCCAGCAUGGCCCCCUGGCUCUGGCCGUGCCUCCUGGCCGCUCAGGCCCUGGCCGCGAACUUCCCCCCCAGGUACAGCCUCUACACCGGGGGGGCCGCCCCGCUCAGCGCCGUCCAGGCCACGGCCCCCCAGGGCCCCGCUGCGGCCCACGGUGCUGCCCGGGCCGCCAGCCGGCACAGGAACUGGUGUGCCUACGUGGUGACGCGCCGCGUGAGCUGCGUGGUGGAGGACGGCGUGGAGAGCUUCGUGAAGCCGGAUUACCAGCCCUGCGCCUGGGGGCAGCUGCAGUGCCCCCGUGUCCUGGCGUACCGGAGCUUCCUGCGGCCCCGCUACAAGGUGGCUCAGCGCACGGUGUCGGAACUCGCCUGGCGCUGCUGCCAGGGCUACUCGGGCGAGGACUGCACCGAGGGGCCGGCCGCCCCCCUGCCCACCGGCCGCCCCCCGCCCCGGCCCGGCCGCCCCACGCUCUCCGGCUUCGGCAACCCCCUGAGCGGCCUGGGGGGCGAAGCAGGUGGCGGGGAUGCGGAGAAGGUGCGGCGGCUGGAGGAGCAGGUGCGGCGGCUGAGCGAGCAGGUGGAGGAGCUGCGGGCCGGCCUGCCGGAGCACCCGCGCCCUGCGGCAAACGGUGGCCCCGAGGGCGAGCAGGUGGCCGACGCGGCCGCCCCUGCCGAGAUGCGGGAGGCGCUGAGCCACGUCCAGCGGCGGCUGGAGGAGCUGGAGAGCCGCCUGCGCCGGCAGGAGAGCGCCCGGGCCGGCCCGGGCCUGGCGCUGAGCGAGCUGGAGCAGCGGCUGCAGGAGACCUGCGCGGCCUGUGCAGCCGGCACCGAGGGGCUGCGGCGGCAGGCGGCCGAGGACCGGGAUCGCAUGCGGGCGCUGGAGAAGCUGGUGGGCUCGGUGGACCAGCGCAACCGGGACGCGGUGGAGUCGGUGCAGCGGCACAUCAGCAGCCUGAGCAGCCGCCUGGCCCCCGCCGCCCCGCCGCCGGACGAGCUGCACCGGCGCCUGGCCGAGCUGGAGCGGCGGCUGGAGGGGCUGCCCACGGCCGCGCUGGGGCCGGGCGGGCAGGGGCCGGUGCUGGCCCGGCGGCUGGCGGAGCUGGAGGGGCGGCUGAACGCGUCGCGGGCCGGCCCGUGGUCCCCCGAGUCCGAGCCCCGGCAGGGCGGGCUGCCGGGCCGCCUGGCCAACCUGAGCCGGGCGGUGGAGGGGCUGGCGGCCAGCGGGGCGCAGCGCGGAGCCCGCCUGGCCGAGCUGGAGGGGCUGCUGGCCCGCUGCGGCCAGCCCUGCCCCGCCACCCCCGCGCCGGCCGGGCGGGACGGGGACGGGCAGCUCGGGCCCCUGGUGCGGCAGCUGGAGCGGCGGCUGCAGGACACCGAGGGGCAGCUGCGGGCGCUGGGGACCGGCGGGGACGGGCUGGCCGGGACACUGCGCGGGCUGCGGGCGGACGGGGCGGAGCUGCGGGAGCUGCUGGGGGCGCAGGGGGAGGCGCUGGCGGGGCUGGCGGGGAGGCUGGAGCCGGGGGGGGCCGUGGCGGAGGAGCUGGCGCAGCUCCGCAACCGGACGGGGCGGCUGGAGGCCGAGCUGGGGGGGCUGCGCGACGGCCCCUGCCCCCGGACGUGCGCCCCGGGGCCCGAGCUGGAGCGGCUGCGGGCGCAGGUGGACGCGUGUACCGCGGCCUGCGGCCCGGCCCGGCCCGGGCCCGCCGCCGCCCCGCCGGAGCCGGAGCCGGAGCCGCCGCUGGACGGGUUCGGCGUGUUCGGGGGCCCGUCGCCCUCCGAGCUGCGGGCGCUGCGGGACGAGCUGGCCGCGGCGCUGAUGGGCCUGGGCGGGCUGAACGGCACGGUGCAGGGGCUGCAGGACGCGCUGGACCAGCAGGACGCCCGGCAGCGCCAGCUGGGCGGCGUCACCGACCGCAUCGUGGCCGAGCUGGACCAGGCGGCGGCGGCGGCGGCGGCGCGGGAGGCGGAGAGCGAGGAGCGGCUGGAGGCGCUGGUGCGGGAGCUGACGCGGGCCGGGGGCUGCCCGGCCGGGCUGGAGCCGCGGGUGGCCAAGCUGGAGGGGCUGUGCGAGCAGCUGGACGCCGUGGCCGGGGGGCUGCGGGGGCUGCGGGACGGGCUGGGCCGGCACGUGGCCGGGCUGUGGGGCGCCGUGCGGGAGCUGAACGGCUCGGCCGCCGCACACGCCGCGCUGCUGCACAAGGCGCUGGACUCGCAGCUCCCGCGCCGGCUCAGCGCCCUCAACAGCAGCCUGCAGCACCUGCGAGGGGACGUGCUGCGCCUGGAACAGCGGGACCGCGACGGCCCCCCUGGCCCCCCUGGACCCGCUGGCCCCAGGGGUGAGAUGGGCCCCCCCGGGCCCUCCGGGCCCCCUGGCAAAGAUGGAGAACAAGGCCCCAUGGGCCCCCCGGGGCUGCCCGGAGAGAGAGGCGCGGUGGGGGCGCCGGGCUCCGUGCCCCGCAUCGCCUUCUCAGCCGCCCUGAGCACCCAGCGCGCGGAGCCGGGCACCGUCCCCUUCGACCAGGUGCUGCUCAACGACGGCGGCGCCUACGACCCCGAGACGGGCACGUUCACGGCGCCGGUGAGCGGGCGGUACCUGGUGAGCGCGGUGCUGACGGGGCACAAGGGCGAGCAGCUGGAGGCCGUGCUGUCCCGCUCCAACCAGGGCAUCGCCCGCCUGGACUCGGCCGGGUUCCAGCCCGAGGGGCUGGAGAAGGAGCCGGUGGCCGCGCUGCAGCCCAGCCCCGGCGCACUCGGCGUCUUCAGCCUCCUGCUGCCGCUGGCGGCCGGCGAGACCCUCUGCGUGGACCUGGUGUCGGGGCGCUUGGCCCACGCGCCCGACGAGCCCCUCACCGUCUUCAGCGGGGCCCUGCUCUACGACACCGACGAGCUCUAGAGCCCCCAGAGCCCCCAGAGCCCCCUUGGCGUGGGCGCCCCAGCCGGGCCAGGGGGGUCCCCACACCCCGGCAGGACCCCCCCCACCUGUCCUGUUAUUUAUCAGCACCCCCCACCCCUUGCUCCCCCCCACCACGCGUCCCUACCCCACACCACCUGCUCGGCCCCCCACUGCCCCCACCAAAUACAGACGCGGCACUGGGUUUUGUA